AAUAAAUAUAAAAUAAUUCUUUUUCCGUCGGCUUUUUCUCAAAUAUUUUAUUUUUAUAAAUAAGAUGUCUGCACCAAAACCAGAAAAAGAGCUUAAUUUACCUUUAUCUAGAGUGAAAACUAUAAUGAAAAGCUCGCCAGAUGUAGAUGCUGUAGGACCAGAACCUCUAUACUUAGUUACUAAAGUUACGGAAUUAUUCGUCAUAGAUCUAGCGAAACGUGCCUUCAAAAACAGUAAGAACAAUUUACUAGAAUAUAAACACAUAGCUGAGAUAGUACAAGAGGAUGACACUCUAGAUUUCCUGCGAGAGAUUAUGCCAAGAAAAAUUACCGUAAAACAGUUCAAAGACUUGAUGGCUAAGAAGGCAUCAAAGGGGAAUGAAUCUGAUGAAUCCAGCGAGGAAUCCAGUGAGGAAGAGAGCUGUGAGGAGAGUACUAGUAGCUCAGAGCAGGACUCGCAAAAAAGCUAGAAUUAAUAUUAAUAAUAGGUGAAGUCAGUGCUCCUUGCCUGCAUUUUUUUUUUUUUCAAAAAGGGGCUAUCUAACUGCAAAAAGUUAGUUAUGAGUUAGCAGUUAUCACCCAAAAAAACAUGGGAAUUAGAAAAACAGAUGUUUCUAAAAGUUUGUUAUUUAGGAUCAAACUAAGAACCUUGGUCAUACAUAACAUUCUUCUUUUGAAAAGUUGAAUUAUGUCUCUGAAGAUUCCCAUGUUUUGGCAAUAACUCAAUAUUUACUUUAAUAAUAACCCAAUAUUCUUUGCAGUAGCCACUUUAUGGAAAAUUACUCAGUUUCAAAAAAUAUGCCAUGGCUAGGGAAUGGUAACCUGUGUAGGAUUAUAGGAGAUACUUUCAAGUUUACAUUUAAGUUUCCAAAAAGCAUUUCUAUUAGCAUUUUGAUAGAAUAAUAUUGUUGUGCCACAUCUUGUCAAGUUCACGGCAGUUUAGCUGUUAUUGUUCUUGCAAUUCAUGAGUCUGAAUGAACUAUACUUGCAGUUACAUUGUAUACAAGCACAUUGUAUACAAGCACAUUGUAUACAAAUACAUUGUAUACAAGCUCAUUGUAUAACUGUGUGCCUGUCAAAUUAUUCAGUCCCAAGCAAGCGCUUGCUAACAUGCCAUUUACUUAAACUGAUAUGACUUAAACCCAAGCUUGAGUCAAGCACACUUGUGAAAUGUAAAAACUGUACCACUAUAUUUAACUUAUGAUCUAAGUUAGUGCUGGCAUCGCCAUUUAAUGCAUAACUUUAAUAGAAUCAGUGUAAGUUUAAAUCAUUAUUAAAGACAUUAAUUUUUUUUCAUGUAAGUAUCUAUCUUUUUAUAAUAGGUAUACAAACAUCUCGAAAGACUACCUAGGUAUAAUUCAUUGCACAUUUUGGCUCUUACUAUUAAAAAUUUAUUUGUACUGAGCAGUAGUUCAGUCUGAUAAUGUAAUUUUGUACUCUUCAAAAUAUGAAUGACUGAAUGUUACUGCGUAAAUUCUUAUUAGUAAGACGAUUAGUUACUGAAAUGAGAUGUAGAUGUGAUAAUAUUAUGAAUUUAAUUCAUUUAAAACGACAAUAAACGUUUCUUUUUUA